AGAACACAGGGAGUCAGGGCGGAUCGCAGCCGUUCGCAUCCACACACGGGGCUGGAGAGUUCACACAUACUUUUUUGGGAGAGGAGGAAAAGGACGGGCAGGGGCCACAGGUAGAAGGGUGAACAGUCCACCGAGGAGCCCCCGACGGAAUUGGAAUUGUAUUCGCCCAAGAUAGAGAAAAGUUUUCCUGCUGAAGAGGUGAUCCAGGUUCUAUCCCAACAGUUUUAUAAUGUCCCUCCUUUCAUUAUCUGUCAUUAUUGUCCUCUUUGGUGGAUCCCUGUCUGCACCUUCCACGGCUCCUCAACCUCCAUGUCCAGAAUCAGAUUCAGUACGAACUCUGCUCAAACGCCUGAGUAUUUUGGAGAAGUUGGUCCGGGACAUCAAAGGACAAUGCUCCUCAAACUGCUGUAGUAAUGUUCAAAGUGGUGCGGAUGACCCAAGUUUGAAGCCUCCUGACUGUGUCCAGCCAAUUGACGAUUGCCCUGGAGGUUGUGGGGGUGACGCACGUGGUACCUGUGUGGACGGUCAAUGCCAGUGCAAAGAUGGCUAUAUGGGUGACAAAUGCCAACUGAAAACAUGCCCAGAGGACUGUAAUGACCAAGGUCGAUGUGUCAAGGGCCGGUGCAUCUGCUUUAAGGGAUUCUCUGGUGUGUCAUGUGGUUUUAAAGCUUGCUCCAACAACUGUAACAGUCAUGGACAGUGUGAAGAUGGAGUCUGUAUUUGUGAUUCUGGAUUCACCGGGGAAGACUGCAGCUCUAGAACCUGCCCCAGAAACUGUAUGAAUCAAGGGAAGUGUGAAGAAGGGGUUUGUGUCUGUCAUUCGGGAUUUUCUGGCCCAGACUGUGCGACGAGGACCUGCCGCAGGAACUGUCUAAAUAGAGGAAGAUGUGAAGAUGGAGUCUGUGUCUGCCCUUCCGGCUUCUCUGGGGAAGACUGCAGCGUAAAAGGCUGCCCCAACAAUUGCCAAGGCCGCGGCGACUGUGAAGAUGGAGUCUGUGUUUGUGAUACUGGAUUUACAGGUCCAGACUGUGGUAUCAGAACUUGUCUUAAUGACUGCAAAGGCAAUGGCCGAUGUGAAGACGGGGUUUGUGUUUGUGACAGUGGGUUUUAUGGAGAGGAUUGUUCAUAUAAAGCCUGUCCUGAGGACUGUAAUGAGCAGGGUCAAUGCAUUGCCGGGAAGUGUAUAUGUGAGCCUGGAUUUGUUGGUCUAGAUUGUGGAAUCAGGGUUUGCUCUGAAGAGUGCGAGAAACGUGGCCGAUGUGAAGAUGGAGAAUGCAUUUGUAAUCCAGGGUUCACUGGACCUGAUUGUGAUAUCAGGACUUGUCCCAAUGACUGUAACAACCAGGGCCAAUGUAAUGAUGGUCAAUGUAUCUGUUAUUCUGGGUACACAGGAGUGGACUGCAAAUUCCGAUCCUGCCCCAACAAAUGUAACAAUCGAGGCCGGUGUGAAGAUGGAGUAUGUAUCUGUAAUUCUGGAUUUUCCGGACCAGAUUGUGGGUCUAAAGCUUGUCCAAAGAACUGUAGUGGAAAUGGACAGUGUAAUAAUGGCAAGUGCAUCUGCAAUCCUGGAUUCGCUGGGCCAGUUUGUGGGAUCAAAGCAUGUCCAGCUGAAUGCACUAGACAUGGUCGGUGUGUGAGGGGAACGUGUAUCUGCUCCCCGGGAUACACAGGAGUGGACUGCAGCAUCAGAACUUGUCCCAAGAACUGUCACGACAGAGGUCGUUGUGAAGGUGGAGUGUGCUUCUGUGAGUCUGGAUAUACGGGUCUAGACUGUGGCACUAAAACGUGUCCCAAUAAUUGCUAUGAUCGGGGCCACUGUGAAGAUGGAGCAUGCAUUUGCGAUUAUGGAUUUACAGGUGAAGACUGCGGUACUAGGACAUGUCCAAAUGACUGCCACAAUCAGGGCCGGUGUGAUGAUGGAGUUUGUAUUUGUGAACCUGGAUACACAGGUCAAGAUUGUCAAUCUAGAACCUGUCCCAAUGACUGUCACAGGCGGGGUAAGUGUGAAGAUGGAAAAUGUGUCUGUGACUUGGGAUAUACUGGUCUAGAUUGCGGUUCUAGAACUUGUCCCAAAGACUGUAAUAACCAAGGUCGGUGUGAAGAUGGUCAGUGUAUUUGUGAUUCCGGUUAUACCGGCACAGACUGCGGAGCUAGAACAUGUCCAGAUGACUGCAAUGACCGUGGUACAUGUGAUGAUGGAAAGUGCGUCUGUUACCAGGGAUAUAGUGGACCUUACUGUGAGUCAAGAGCGUGUCCCAAUGACUGCCACAAACGGGGCUAUUGUGAUGAUGGGAUAUGCCAGUGUGAUCCUGGAUACACUGAUAUAGACUGUGGACUUAAAACCUGUCUGAAUGAAUGCUCAAACCAAGGCCAGUGUGACGAUGGAGUGUGCACGUGUGAUUCUGGGUACACUGGUCCAGACUGCAGCUCUAGAACAUGUCCAGAGAACUGUCAUAACCAAGGAAGAUGUGAUGAUGGCAAAUGUGUCUGCAAUCCGGGAUUUUCAGGUUGGAACUGUGGAUCUAGAACUUGUCCAGACAACUGCCGUGCCCAUGGACGCUGUGAAGAUGGUGUCUGUGUCUGCAGUCCUGGAUACACGGGACCAGAUUGUGGCUCUAAAGCCUGUCCUAGAAACUGUAACAAUAAUGGACAGUGCGUGAAUGGGAAAUGUGUUUGUAAUGCUGGUUACAUCGGGCCGGUCUGUGGAGCCAAGAACUGUCCGGGAAACUGCAAUGGACGAGGAAAAUGUACAAAUGGUGUCUGCGUAUGUAAGAAGGGUUUCAGUGGUCCCGAUUGCUCCUUGGAAGCAACAGAAGUGUAUGAAGUCACCGGCCUACGUGUGAUCUCACAAGAAGAGUCAGCUGUCACCUUGGAGUGGGACCAGCCUCAAUCCACCCCUGACUCAUAUGACAUCAUUCUCAAAGCCAAGAAGGAAAAUGGUGCCAUAUCCAAUAACAUCGAUGGUUCCUUGACCACAUAUCGUCAGACCGGCCUUGCACCAGGAGAAGAAUAUGUCGUAAACAUCCAACCUCGGAAAGGCUCAACACUGGGGCCCGAAACAUCUGUAACAGCCAAAACAAAGAUUGAGACGCCACGUGGAUUCCGCGUGGUCGAAGUCACCUCUUCUGCUUUACUCCUAAGAUGGGACAAGCCUCAGUCUCUUCCUGAUCGAUACAUUGUGACCCUCAUUCUCCAAAAUGGGAAGGAAAGGAAACUGAGGGUCGCUGGAAAGGGAGAUAGGAUCAAAUUAACCGGCCUGGAUGAGGGCACGGAAUACAGAGUCCUUCUGAGGGCUGAGAAAGGACAGGAGCAGAGCCAAGAUACCGAGACCACCGGAACUACAGCUGGAGAAGAACGGAAACGUCUGACUGUGGUGGAGAAACACGUAGUGCAUGGACCAGUCGAGAGCUCUCACACACAUGAUACUUCGGUGAAUUUAGAGACUUCAAAACUGGAAGAUAAAUAUCCCCCUACGUUGCCUAGAAAGGGGCUCCCACAUUCAAGGGAACAGGAAGAGGAAAUUAUAGAAACAAUUACAGAUAAACAAAAAGACAUUAAUGUAUUACGCACCAAAAAUAUCACAACUAUUAUCACGACUAUAUAUGAAACACGUUGGAGCAAAGGAAGCUCAGUAGAUACCUACCAUGAACAUGAGGACUCAGAGUAUCCCUCAAAAAUGCCAACAAAUAGACAAGAUGAAGAGGUCAUCACUAGAAUGAAGGGAGAGGAGGACUUAAUUAAGGUAAAGCCAUUGGACAGUAGGGACAAUUUACCAGAUACGAUGAGGACGUGGACAAUCACAAGGAAAAGGAACAUCACACAAUUUGAACCAUCAAAAAGAAAAAAUCCUAUCCACAUGUAUGAGGGCGAGCCAGAAUUAUCAGAAGAAUUACACACAACCACUAGGCGCCAACCUAAAGGGCAUAUUACACGCGGUGGACGAUUGCCCAAUACAUCCACUGUUGCCAAAAAGCUUUUGGAGUUUGAUUCCUUUAAAAGCCAAGUCGUAGCAAAGCCAUCUACAGGUCAUUCAGAGAGUGCAUCACAAAAAGAUGAUAUUCCCCAUAAAGUGGCAUAUUCUGGACAUGAGGAUAUUACAGAUAAUUUAAAAAGUGAGGUCACCCCAGAAACAUCAACAGAAAGUUAUUUAGAACCCGUUCCCUUAGGUGUUAAAGGAGAUGAAGACAUGGACGAUCUCACAGACCCAACAAACCCCAGAAAGCGUUUCACAACACAUGUCAGGGUUAAUACCAUUGUUAAUGUUUCCAGAAAAAAAAAUGAAGGUAGAGAGGAGAACAAUGAAAUGCAUAAUGACACAACCAGUGUGAAAGGACAUGUACGCCAACCGCUACCAUCAUCAAAACCCAAGAACCAAACUAAAAUAUGGAGCCCACAAAUAAAGGCUGUAAUUGAGAACCUGCCGGAAAAGUUGUCUAUGUAUAAUGGGACAUUUAUUCAGCGAUUAGAAAGCUACCUUCGAGCCACAUCUUACCCUCUCCGGGGCAACCAGACUGUUGAAUCUGUGGCCAAGGCAAUUUUUAUGUACUUGGUAAAAUGGAAACCUCAUAGUUUUACAGGCAUGGUGUAUGAUCGUCUUCCUCAAAAGACACCUGGAGCCACCAUAGAACCAGAACCUGUAGGGGCAUCUCGAUUACAAGGCACCAAAACUGAUAACAGAUAUGGUGUCCAAACAAGGGGUGAAUCACAGGAGCAGGACAGUUUGGAGAGAAGGUCAGAUUCAACUAGGACAGUAUCCAUUGUUCCCAAUAUAGAGACUCUUGGAAGGGUUGAAGCUGCUGGAGAAAUAAAUGUUCCAAUGAUAGUAACAGUGGAUAAAUAUAGGGCUGUCACAAGAGAGGUAGAUGAAAACCUAAAUAACAUUGGUAGGGCCCCUGACUCAAAAGACAACAUAAAAAGUGGAGAUGAGGGGGACUCAUCAAAAACUUCCAUACCAACAACCGAUAAAAGUACAGUGCCAAAAAAGAAAGUACCUCCCCCAAAAAAGGUGACUACACCAAAGCAAAAAGUAGAAGAUAGAACAGGAAAGCAAACACUGAAAGACAGAUCAGACAUUCAAGUAGAAGUUGGGACAAUUUCAUCAGAAUAUGAAAUUUCAAGGAGAACUAUUUUGGAAAGCAACAGUAAAGAACCCAAACAGAAAACCCCUUCUGAAUCCAAAACGGGGAGUGGUGCGGUGAAUACUGGCGAUAUACUUAGUGGUCAUGGAGAUGACAAACAAGAACGUGGCACUAAUCGACCUCCGCUAGUUCAUGAAAGUGAUCCAGGAUUUGUAACAGAUCAAAUUGCAAAGGAGUAUUUACCUUCUCACAGCAAACCAUUCCAAGAAAAGACAGGUGAUGAUCGUGUACCUCCUAGAACACAACCAAGUAGCCCUAAAAAAAAGUACCCCUAUAAACCACCUAAAGUCCAUGAGGUAGAGAGGGAUGGAACUGUCCACAAAGUGCCGGUAGAGGGGAUUAUGCCAAACAGUCAGAUUCCAACACAAGAGACAACACAAGUCACGGAAGAGACCUCCAGGACAGAAGACAAGUCUCUAGUGAUCAAAAAUAUCCUAGGAUCUGGAGAAGAGACAGGCACCAUACAAAGUCCUAUUGUUCUAAAGGUUCCAAGUCCUGGUGCUCUAGGAAGGCCCAGCAUACAACAACGAAAUCCCACUAGCCUUGUAAUAUCAUUAGAAGGUCUUGGGUUCAUAUGGGAUAACGUAGUCAUCAUAUAUAGUCCAUGGCCACCUGCUGCCGGAGCAACUCCUCGUCAAAUUGAGGUGGAAAGAGGAGUCAGGCAGGUUGAAAUCAGAGAUCUAGUCCCAGGAACUAGCUACAGACUUGAUCUCCAUGGGAUGCUGAGGGGCCGCUCAUCCAAGUCCUACUCACUGGUGGCUGACACAGCUGCGUUACCCACAACCUCCCAGCCGCACAUUGAAGUGACUACUCAGCUUCCAUAUACAACUGAAGCCACCACAACCAAAGCCACGAAAAGACCCCCUCUCCAAAUGGGUGGCCUACAAGUUCAAGAUGUCACAAGUAACAGUGUUAUAUUAAUAUGGAAGGCCAAGCCUCGUACUUAUGAGUCCUUCCUAUUCCGCUAUGAAGAUGUCACUGAGAAUUUAGGACCAAGAGAGACCACCGUUACUGGAAAUCAACGAGAGGUGACAUUACAGGACCUGAGUCAGAACACCAGAUACGUCAUAUUAUUGUACGGGAUCCAGGGAGGCAAACUAUCAGGCCCUCUACAGGUGGAGGUGACUACAGAUUCUUCUCCAGAUAAAGGAACGCCACCCCGCCUUUCCCCCCUUUCUGUGUCUGAGGUCCAGCCAAAUUCCUUCCGUGUGACAUGGGAGCCCUUGGAUGGAGAUUUUGAUGCCUAUGUGCUACAGUAUGGACCCCCUGGAGGUCCAUCCAAAGAGGAGACUCUACGAGGGGACGAGACGACUACUCUCAUCACCGGGCUCGUGGCUGAGAUCAACUACACCGUGGAGCUCCGGGGGGUUUGGGGAGACAGCUACAGCGAGCCGGAGACAACCUUUGUUUUCACAGAAAAGCCCAAGCCUCCUCGCCUGGAGUCUCUUUCCGUCUCUGAUGUCCGCAGCGAUUCCGUCCAUCUCACGUGGAAUGUCUUAGGUGGAGACUUUGACUCUUUUCUUCUGAACUAUCGGGAUGGAGAAGGACAACCAAGAGAAGUUAAUCUAGAGAAUGAUUUGAGAUCAUACGAUGUGAAGGAACUGAAGCCUGGAAAGAAAUAUAAAUUCUUUUUAUACGGUUUAACUGGUGAAAAGAAGAGUAAACCGGUGACCGCAGAAACCAGCACAGUAAAGACUAUGCCUCCACGUCUGGAAUCCCUCUCUGUGUCUGAUGUGUAUAGCGAGUCUCUUCGUCUCUCUUGGGAAGUCACCAGUGGGGAAUUUGACGGCUUUCUUCUCAUGUACCGGGAUGCAGAGGGAAAUCCUAAGGAGGUCACUUUGGAUAAGCAACAACGUUCCAUAGAGGUUGAAAACUUAAAGCCCAAGAAGAAAUAUAAGUUUACUCUCUAUGGGAUUUCAGGAGGAAAGAAAAGCAAACCUUCUAUAGCUGAGGCCACCACAGCACAAAGAAAAGUUGCUCCCUCAGCCCCUUCCUUUUUGGAGCCUCGUCUGGUUGAUCUGGUGGCCUCGGAUGUGACCCAGGAAACCAUAACAUUAUCAUGGAGAGUAGAAGGAAAUGUUCUCUUCGAUUCCAUUGUGGUUCAAUGUCGGGAUCCUGACGGUAGAAUCAGGGAAAUUACUAUAGCGGGAGAAGACACCAGCACUAUUGUCCAGGGACUCCUACCUGCCAGCAGAUACGAAUGCAAUGUCUAUGGUCUGAGAGAAGACAAGCGAAGCAUGCCUAUAUCCAUAGAGGUGACAACAGCAAGAAUUCUUGAAACACAGGGCCCUCCUACCUACAGUGACCUUUACCUUUCUCCACACGGCCCACAUGCCAUUCAUGUCUCCUGGGAGGCUCCAGAAAGAGCAUUUGACUCUUAUAUUGUUGAAUAUGCUGUCCAAGGGCAAGAAGAGUCUUUAAAUACAGUGAGGAUUGAAGGCACAGAGCGGACCGUCCUUCUCCAGGGUCUACAACCAGAUACUGUCUAUACGGUUAAAUUACAUCGCAUCUUAAGUGGAGAGGAAGACAGCAAUCUUGAAGGCACUGGAAAGACAGGCCCUCUGGAUUUGGAGCCCCCAAGGGAACUUAGGUUUACAAACAUUGCGGAGACCUCAGCCGUUGUUAGUUGGGAUUCACCAAACCGUGAAACAACCCUAUUCAAAGUGUCCUAUCAACUGGCCGAUGGAGGAGAGCCUGAGAGCAUCAGUGUUGUUGGAACCAGCACCCCCUUAAAACGCCUCAUUCCUGGGACCCACUAUGAGGUGACUGUGGUCUCUGUGCGGGGUUUUGAGGAAAGUCAGCCCCUGACGGACUUCUUCACCACAGCUGGAGGUGGCCCCCGCAACCUGCGGGCAACUGAUGUCACAGAAGUGUCAGCUCUCAUGCGCUGGGAAGCUCCUACAGGACCUGUGGACAGAUAUUUAGUCUCUUACCGAGCAGAAAACAUCCCCUUGGUCACAGUACCAGUUAGCGGUGAUAGGACCGAGCUUCCUCUAACUGGUUUACAUCCUCACACUGAAUACUUUGUCAGUGUGCAAAGUUCACAAGGAUCCAUGACCAGCUCACCGACAUCCACAUCUUUCAUCACUAGUGCAGACACUCCACGGGACCUCACAGCCAGCCAGGUCACGGCUCGCAGCGCACUGCUUACGUGGAAAGCUCCGGAUGCCAUGCCUGAUGGUUAUCUGUUGACCUAUCAAACACCAGAGGGUGAAGUUAAGGAGAUUCGUCUUUUGCCUCAUCUCUCCUCCUUCACACUGAGUCAGCUCAAUCCUUCUACUCAGUAUCGGGUCCAGCUUAAGGCUCUAAGAGGAAGAACCAGCUCCCCUCCCAUCUCAACCUCUUUUACCACAGGCCGUUUAAGGUUCCCGUAUCCCCGGGACUGCUGGGAGCAGAGGAUGAAUGGAGAUAUUCAGAAUGGCACUUAUACCAUAUAUCUCGGGGGAGACAGAGAAAAGAUAGUGACGGUGUUCUGUGACAUGGAGACCGAUGGCGGUGGAUGGACUGUCUUCCAGAGAAGAAUGGACGGGAGCAUAGACUUCUACCGGGAUUGGAAUGAUUAUAGGCAUGGGUUUGGUGACCUGACCGCUGAGUUCUGGUUGGGUAACAUUGCUCUCCACCAGAUCUCCUCCUCAGGCUCCUAUGAGCUCCGUGUGGAUCUCCGGGCUGGAGGAGAAUCCGCCUACGCGGUGUAUGAUGACUUCCGUGUGGAGUCGGAAGCCAAUAACUUCAGGCUGAGGCUCGGACAAUACAGAGGAGAUGCAGGAGACUCCAUGAGCUAUCACAACAAUAUGAUCUUCUCUACACGAGACCGAGACGCACAGAAGAGAAUCCUGCCAUGUGCCAUGUCCUAUAGGGGAGCCUGGUGGUACAGGAACUGUCACUACGCCAAUCUCAACGGGAUAUACAACAACAACAAAGACCACCAAGGUGUAAAUUGGAAAACUUGGAAAGGUUUUGAGUUCUCCAUUCCCUUCACUGAGAUGAAAAUGCGCCCUCGAGGAGUGGGCAACAGACGCCGACUCUAGAUCUACGACCUUCUCUGGAACCACUAAACUGAAAACUGGAAGCAAUGUGACACCUCCUGCAACCUUAACAUAAAAAUCCAUCCUUCCAGAAUCCUCGAACUCAGCGCAAACUCCAGACCUUUCAGAAUCAGACCGGCUUUAUCAUGCAACACAGUAUACAUAUUAUACCAUUGGAAAUAAAUACGUUUAGGGACAAUCUCUGCAGGAAGGAGAAAUCUGGAAUCAUAGUCAGGACUAUAGAUACAGAACCAACUAUGGGUUAAGGAUAUGCACAACAAAGUGGAACAAUGGCGUACACAAGAGGGUGUCCCAUUAUGGUGCCAAUUUUUGCCACCAAGGAGAGAAGGGCUUGGUAUGUCUCCCCCCCUCCAUGACCCUUUCCUCUCGAUACGGGAGUCCUGCACGGGUUCUUGCCACCCAGUAGAAAAGGGGUUGGGACCAACCAAGGCUAGGCCCCUUCUCUCUAAGGGCCCCAUAGCAGUAACAUGGUCUGCCUCUAUGUAGGAUGGACAAUGAAGGAUGGGUUAGUAGAUAUCGAAACCAUGACUAUAGAACGGUGAGAUUAAACUAAGAUCCAGAUAUUUUGGAUGUAUAUAGAUGUAAAUGCAAUAGUCAGUUCUAGAAUAAAAAAAAUAUGAGAAAAAAAAAAAGAGAACAUUUUUUUGUCAUAAGGGAUAAAAGAGCAAUUGUCACCAGGAACCUGUGAGCAGGGUUGCAACCUCCACGAUGAGGUCUGGGUCAAGAGGUAUGUGUCACAGCGUCAAUGAGAUAAUGGUGGCGGAAGUAGGGCCCUGGUUCUACCCUAUAACCGCCAUCACUAUAUAAAUAGAUAUAUAUAGCAAAAUGGAUACACUGUCUAUUUUUAUAAAAGCACAGCAUUGGAGGAACGUUAUGGGAGGGACGAGAUGGGGAAACUCUAUUCUGCAAACCGCUUCAAAUAAAAUCUGACGGGACAUGAUGGCGAAUGGGUCUUGUGUUUGAUGUGGCUUAAAAUACAUGGUAUUGUGGCACACUGAGCCAAAACCUGGUUCAAUCAAAGCCCCAAAAAGCGAGAAAAUAAAUACUAGAAAAAAAAGGGAGAAUUAUUUAGCAAACUAAGGGUCCCAAGAGGUGUAACUAUCAUUUCUACAGGAUGUGUGUGGAGGGUGGGUCAGGCCAUAGAGGAAAAGCCUGACUGCACCAAAAUUUUAAGUAGAAAAUUCAUACCAUAUUGUGCAGUUUUUGGUAUUUUUAAAGAUAAAAAUAUGAGAGAUGAGGAAAUCUCCUGAAAUUUAAUUUGGCCAUCAGAUGUGAUUUGGAUUCAAUACUAUGUACAGUGAAGGAUAUAAAUAUUAGAUUUUGAUCCUCUGAUGAUUUUUUACUUUUGCCCAAUGACAAAAAAAAAAAAAAGAUCGGUCAUUAAUUUUAAUGGUCGAUUUAUUUAAACAGUGAAAGAGUGUAGUGUGUUACCAAUAGAUUUCCUGGUGUUUAUGGUCCCAGCUGCCUUGAGAUCAUUGACAAGAUCCUCCCGUGUAGUUCUGGGCUGAUUCCUCACCGGUCACAUGAUCAUUGAAACUCCACCUGGUGAGAACUUACAUGGAGCCCCCGACCGAGGGAGACUGAUGGUUAUUUUGUGUUUCUUCUAUUUGUGAAUAAUGGCACCGACUGCUGUAAAC